CCGUCUGGCCUUGAGGGCUCUGCCUGUCUUCUCACCCAGGAGGGCAAGGCCAUGGGGCUGCCCCUGCUGCUGCCCCUGCUGCUGCCCCUGCUGCUGCUGCCGGCGUCUCUGCAGGCUGGUCACUGGGCACAAAGAAAUUCAGAGCCUCACCCUGAGAUGAACCAACCAACGGAUCUCUCAGCCCCCGAGGGUGGCUCCAUCCUCAUCCCCUUCUCCUUCUCUCACUCCUGGGAAUUAGCCAAGGUUCCCAACAUGAAAAUAUCCUGGAGAUGGAAACACUUCCAUGGGGAGUUCAUCUACAACACGACCCCUCUGUUCAUCCAUAAGGAUUUUAAGAACCAGCUCUCCCUGAACUGGACAGAGCCUGAGAAGAACGGCUCCCUCCGGAUCUCAAACCUGCGGAGGCAGGACCAGUCUGUGUACUUCUGCCGGGUGCAGUUGGACACACUGAAACACGGCAAGAAGGUGUGGCAGUCCAUCAAGGGGACCAAACUCACCAUCACCCCCCGCAGCAAGACACCCACCGAGAACCCCACCACCAGGGCUGCCACCGCUGCUGCGGCUGGCCUUGGGGACUCACAGGGCGGAGAAAGCCCAUGGUCUCGGCGGCUCCGAAGUACGGAAGCUAUCGUCGGGUUGGCACUGGCCAGCGCUGCGCUGGUAACCAUGAUUGUGGGGCUGAUUGUGUACCUUAGAUGCAAGAGAAGCAAAAGUGUGCAGACUGAAGCCAGGACCCCAGCCAGGGAGUCCUUCAAAAACACGGAAGAGAAUUACGAGAACACUGGGAAUAAAGGACAACAUGUAGACCCCAAGCCGGAUGCCAAGGAUGAUGGUGGUGGCGGCGGAGGAGUCCUCUAUGCCUCCCUCGCCCUCUCUAGGUUUAACUCACCAGCAGUGGCAGCGCCUCCCUCGGCCCCUCCCCAUGGGGGCCCCCAGGAAGAGACCCUAUACUCUGUCUUAAAGACCUAA